CAGCUGGGGAAUGGGGACACGAGCUAGUGGCCGGCAAUUCGGAAGCAGGGGGAAAGAAGCGAAAAGCGAACUGGUGCAGGUCUCCGGGAAGAGGGACCGAAUCCCCAGGAUCAGAGACUGGGAGGAGGGGCGGCUGGACCCCGGAGUCAGAGUAAAGGGAGGCUCGGAACCCCCGGGGUAGAAGAGAGGAGGGCGCUGGAAACGCAGACUCCCGCGACGCCACCUCCGCCCGCACAGCCCUGGCUAUGGCUCUGUAGCCGCGACCCCUCCGUGCCCCGGCCCGUCUCUGCGCUCACCGCGCUUGCGCUCUUCGCCACCGCCUUCUUUCUUCAGCCGAGGCCGCCGCCGCCUCUCCGUUCCGCAGCCAUGGAGUCUUCCACUUUCGCCUUGGUGCCUGUCUUUGCCCAGCUGAGCAACUUCCAGAGCCUCCUUCCAGCUGUUGGUUCAGCUUUCUUCAUCGCCACUGGUGCCCAGAGCCCGUGCUGCAGCCAUGUCACUCCUGGCGACCCUGGAGCUGGAGCUGGACAGGACCCUGCUCCCAGCUAGCGGUCUGGGCUGGCUCGUAGACUAUGGGAAACUCCCCCUGGCCCCUGCCCCCCUGGGCUCCUAUGAAAUCCUUGGGGGAGCCCUGGAGGGCGGGCUCCCAGGGGGAGGAGAGCCCCUGGCAGGUGACGGCUUCUCUGACUGGAUGACUGAGCGGGUGGACUUUACAGCCCUCCUGCCCCUGGAGCCCCCCUUGCCCCCGGGUGCCCUCCCCCCACCUUCCCCACCCCCACCUGACCUGGAAGCCAUGGCCUCUCUCCUCAAGAAGGAGCUGGAACAGAUGGAAGACUUCUUCCUCGACGCUCCCCUCCUCCCACCAUCCUCCCCGCUGCCUCAGCCUCCGCCACCAGCCCCCUCCCUCCCUCUGCCACUCCCCCUCCCCACCUUUGACCUCCCCCAGCCCCCUGCUCUGGACACCCUUGACUUGCUGGCCAUUUACUGCCGCAGUGAGGCGGGGCCGGGAGACUCAGAGCUGGCAUCCCUGCCCCCACCACAGCAGCCCCCUCCUCCUCCACCUCCACCCUCUCGCCCGGCCCCCUACCCUAAUCCUGCCACCACCAGAGGGGACCGCAAGCAAAAGAAGAGAGACCAGAACAAGUCAGCAGCUCUGAGGUACCGCCAGAGGAAGCGGGCGGAGGGCGAGGCCCUGGAGGGCGAGUGCCAGGGGCUGGAGGCUCGAAACCGGGAGUUGAGGGAGAGGGCUGAGUCCGUGGAGCGUGAGAUCCAGUAUGUCAAGGAUCUUCUCAUCGAGGUGUAUAAGGCUCGGAGCCAGAGGACCCGGAACAGCUAGAGGGGCUUCGGGCGGUAGGGGGCGCUCCUCUUCAGCUCUGGCUUACCUCUGUUUCUGGAGCUCAGGUAGGAGGGUCCACCAUCCCCUUUCUGUCCAACUCUCUCCCGCUCACUUUUAUCUUUGACGCCUCUCUUGUCCAUUUCUGAAUUUGCCCCCCUUCUCCCACCCGGAACAGCUGAGGGGCUGGGGCCCAGAGGCUUUGGGGAGCAGGGCCAGGAAGCUAGGCAGAAUGAAUGUGGAACAAAUGGGAGCCAGCUGGGGACGUGAGUCGGGGAGGGUUUUAAGAACGACCCCCGUAUAAUCAUAGAACCAAAAAAGCAAGCCAAGUGACCUUGGGGAAAUCUAUUUGGGCGGGAAGCCAAAAGGUGGCCAAGUUCACGGAGCAGGUGAAUAUGCAGGUGGACGGGGAGGUGGGGGGAGGGAAGGGGCGGCGGACGGCCAUAGUUGGGUCUGGGUGUUCAUUUUAGCUCUGGGAGGAAAUCGGUGUUUUGUGACGGUGUUGGGGGAAGGGCUGCAUUUAGGUGAGGGAAGGCGGGGACUGAUCCUUUUGGUGGUUUGUGAGCGGAAAUAAAAUGAAGUUUUCUCUGGUC